GACAACAUCUCGAUCACCCUCCAGGAGUGGAAUGAGCCAAAGAAGGCACGUCUUGGUUUCACUUUUGUUGACAAGAGAACUAAAAAGGAUUGCUUUCAAAAGCUUAUGGAGCAUUUCAUCCUACCUCCGGAAUACCACAAAUUCGAUGAGGCGGGUAACAAGAUUCAGGAAAACAAGGAGAGGAGGAGGCUACUCAAACACUUCGCUCUUGGUAAGAUGGCCGAUACAUUCCGGAAAUUCAAGAAGAAUCUAGCCCGUGACUAUGUCAACCAGAACAAGACUCCGGAAUUCAAAGGACAGUAUGAGAGACUUGAACAUGAUUGGCCAGAAUUUGUGAAGCAGAAGAAAUCGGAGCAUUUCAUUGAAAUAUCGGAAAAAAAUAAGGAAAAUGCGGCUAAGAAGGAGUACAAUCAUGUUAUGGGGCCAGGAGGGUAUCGCUUUUGGGAGCCUAAGUGGGAGAAGAUGGAGAACGAGCUGAGGAGGCGAGGAAUCCGUCCAGGUACGGAGGGAUGGGACCGAAGGGCCAAAAGCUGGUGGUACGGGCAUGGGGGAACGCUAGACCCGGAGACAGGGGCGUGUGUUUACGGGAACAAAAUGUUUAAACCCACCCAAGCCCUUAUUGACGCAAUGAGGGAUGCUCAAGAGGGGAAGAUCAAGUUCAACAGAGAGAACGACGCGCUGACAAGAGCCCUCGGUAAUCCUGAACACGGAGGACGUGUACGAGGCAUGCCCGGGAACAUUACGUGGAAAGAAGGGUUCUCCCAGGACGAUGACCCGUACGGUUACAGAAGCCGUAAGAGAAAGUCGGAUCGGGAUGCAGAUGUUGUGGCGCGGUUGGCAUCGGAAGUCGAUGAGGUGAAGAAAACCCUGUCUAUACUAUUACAGGAGAGAUCGGCAGCUGGGACGCAUGAAGAUCAUCCAGCGGAUCUCGGAAGCCAGCAGCGGAGAAGCAGCAUGGCUUCCACGGAGGUCCAGCCGGCUACUGAUGCACCGGAGAUCCAAAUUACUGCACCGGAGCCUCCUCGCUACCCCGUGGACGAUGUAAAGGAGAUGAAAGAAUGUCAUCUGCAUUAUCCUACUGGGAACAUGUCCACGAAGGUAGCCAUCGGCAGUGCUUUGCCAUGUGAGCCUGGAGCACUCCACCACAACAAACCCAUUGCAGAUGGCUAUGCUCGUGUCACGGUGGAGGAAAUAGUCCCAGGGUUUGAGGACCUGGAGAUUGACAUUGCUACACCCGAAGGGGAGAGAAGACUUGGAGGUGUCAAGCGCCAGUUUAUUCUCUGGAAAAAGAAGUUUAUCAAGUUUCCAGACGAGGCGCCAAGGCGAACAAGUCCACCCCCCUCCGGUGGUGGUGGCGGCGGCGGUGGUGGUGGUGGUUCACCUACACCUCCUUCACGUCAGCCGACGCCGCCCCCCAAUUCACCUCCGGCGGGUAAGCAGACGCCGCCCCCCAGUCCACCUCCGGCGAAGAAGCAGCCGCCCCCAGCAAAGAAGAGGAAGCAGUCCUGGACUAUUAACCCGGACCCUUAUGUAGCUAAGAUCACAAAGGUACCGGAGCCAUCACUGAAGCCUCUCAUCCGGAGACCUUAUGACCUUAGUGUGGAGGAAAAUGCAGCGGUCGUGGCUGCUCAGCAUGAGAAAUGGAUGGCGGACUGCAAGAAGAAAAGAGAGCCCGAGCCCAAGCCAGUAUAUUCUGACAAGCAAAAGAAGUGGGCUAAGUCAUUUUUUACCGAACCGUCCCAAGCCGCGAAGAAUCUGCCUGACUACUAUUCACAUGAACUUCGUAGGCAAGCACUCAUCUUGAAGGAGAAGCAAGAUUUGGCGGAGAAGCAGGAGAAGAAAGCCUUGGAGGAGGCCGAGAAAGAAUUAGAAAGUAAAAAAGAGGGGAAACAAGUUGCCCAGCUCGGGGAACAGAGUAAACAAUCCAUCGCCCCUCUCAUAGUGAAAGCCGCCGGUCCGGAUGGCCCCGAAAUCAUAGCAGCUGCGGCAAGACAGGGAUUGACUGUAGCGAGUGCCACAGAACAAGCGGCCAACUUAGGUCUGACUCUUCGUGCAGUGUUAGGCCUUGAUGAGGCGCCAACAAUGAAGGACGUAGUAAUUACAUAUGUGUCGAAUGGGCCUCUCGUCGAGCCUGCGCAGGAAAAGGAUCUACCUCCACAAAUGACAGGUCUGCUAAAUUGGUACAAGGCUUACAUAAAAUUAAAAAACGCCAAAGACUAUAUUUAUGCGGAAGUUAGACCUGAGCAUCACUUCAAACAUUACUAUGUACAAAUUCAUCGGAGUGAAUUGUUCCAGCUUUUCAAUCUGCGCGAGCUCGACAAAUCUAUCAUCAGUUGCUACGUUCUAAUGAAGAAGCGGGAAUGCAUAAUAAGGAACAUCCAUGAUGUUGGGUUCAUUGACCCACAUAUCGUUAAUUCAUAUGUGUUAAAACAUUUUCCCGCCGACAUGGAGGCCGACCUGUGGAUGUUUUUUUCAAGGCAGGAACUCAAAAGUGAUAUUCUAUUUCCUUACCAUUUUGGGUUCCACUGGAUUCUGCUAGUAAUUCAAUUUCAUGACUCCACAGUUCUCAUCCACGACUCUCUGAAUCUGAAUGCAAAGCUUUGGGCCGACUUGAGAAAAAUGAUGCAGAAGGUUUGGACACGGUUCGUAAACACAAAGGUCGAUGAAUUCAAAAAAGAGCUACAAUUUAAAAGGGUAGUGUCUGCGACUGGGGAUAUUCAGCCAAAGGGGACCAAUCUAUGUGGAUACUAUGUUUGUGAGAUGAUCCGGAGAUACACCUCUGAGCGGAUUUCGUGUCCGAACAACAUUAGCAGGAAUAACCUUCGGAGGACGCUUAGUCUAGAAGCUCGCUUCCGACCACUUCAAGAGGAACUAGCUGGAUGGAUCGCGAAGCAAGUCAUCGAUCCUAGAGGAGAACACUAUGUAGAGGAUGUAGAACUUCAUAUGCAGUAAAUCAUAUGUAUGGAAACUAGUUCAAAAUUGUAUAUAUAUGGUCAUCGAUAUUGAAUAUAUAUUGUCAAUUCCUCUUGAAU